AUGGCAUCCCCACGCAUCCAAGCCACGCCGCCCUCCCAGGAUGCAAUGCUCGAUCGUCUCCUUACCACCGGCCGCCGCAACGGCGUCUACGUUGGCCUGCGCGAUUGCGAUCUCGAGGUGGAAAUGCCUCUUCUUCUCAACCGGGCUGGCGCGCCCGUCGUAUGUAUGGAGCCGUCCGAUGACUUCGAGGCCGUCAAUGCCCACUUUUCGGUUCAAGUGCACGCCUUCUUCAAUGCCCUGCACACUCUAGAGAACAUGGCAGACGAGCAAUCCCCCGACGAGACGGACUUCAUCCGGAAACCUGAAGACGGCGGCCUGCACGCCGCCAUCCUCAUCCUCAACCAGUCCUACGACAUCUACCCCGACUGCUGGCACCGCACAUUCCACAACCGCCGACUCACUGUCCAGAAUCCAGACACCCUGCCUCUCCUCAACUAUGUUACCCGGCUUCGCGUCUUGCCCGCCCCCAGCAGCUCCAACGAGCCGGACAUGCACUUCGUCCACAUGCGCCCCGUCUCCCCGCGCGUUCCCCUCGGGCUCGCCGCUCGCCUCCCCCAUCUCCGCGAGCUCGACUGUCCCUGGCUGUGGGAGCGCCUCCCCCUCGCCUUCUCUUCUCAGGCGCUGCGCAUAUUCUCCCGUCCCUGGGAGGGUCCUUGGCGGGAUGCCCGCGUCGAGUUCGGCCGCGGGGUGCGACAACUCAUGCCCUCGCUGCCAUCUUCCCUCAUCAAAGCCCGUCUCUGGUUCUGGAGGCUCAACCCCUACGGCGGCGACGAAGAUCAAGCAGUGCACAUGCCCGACCUGGUCGGUGCCUCGCCAUCGUCGCCCUCAGAGUUUGAAGGCAUGGACCCCGUGUCUCUCGGCCUGCGGGACCUGGGUAGUUGCCUGGCGGAACUGAACAUCCGCGCCCUCAUCACCCCCGACCUUUUCCGUUCCUCGUCUUGGCCGCACAUGCGGCACCUCAGAGUGGAGUUCCACCCUUGCGCGCCCGACGGAAGGUGGUACUUCUCCGGUCCUAGAGGCGAAGAUCCCUACCCCACGGGCUACGCCGUCACGAGAGAAGAGCACUACCCGCCCGGCUCGGAAGACGUCGAGGAGACGCACGCCCUGAUGUCUCGCGAAGAGGACGAGUUCGAGGGCGACGAUGAGAUGUGCCUCGAACGCCGGUCAGACAUGUUCCGCAUACUUCCUAUCGCGGAGCGCAUAGAUCCUCUGCUCCUGGCGUUUGUCUCGUCUCUACGGCGACAAGACACGCCCUCCCUCCAAGACGCCGAGAUGUUUACGUGGCUUCAGUGGCGGCCUUCCAAGGAUCGGGCCGAAGAGUAUGAAGGGAGCGACGAGGUGCCUCCUUCGGAGGAUGAGGACCAGACAGUCAUGUUCCGAUGGGGUGUGAGAUACGAUGCGCCUGAUGGAGAUGGGAAAGGGAAGGUGACAUGGCAGGUCGGCGAGGACUGGAGGCCGGGGGGGGAAGUCAUCAGGGCGUUUGAGGAGCUUGUGGGGGGAGACGGGGAGGACAUGGAGUGGAAAGCGUUUGAGUUUGUCGGGGAGAGGGAGACGGAGGCGUACAUCUUUGAUUAA